AUGAGCAUACUCGGUAAGAAUUCCUUUCUUUCAACAUGUUUGUUAUUAAUAAGUGCAGCUACGGGUAUGGGAAUCCUGACAUUGCCAUGGGCAUUUCUCCAGACAGGAUUAAUAUUAGGUUUAAUUAUUUUAAUUUACUGGAGUAUCUUAUGUGGUUCUACAAUAUAUAUAUUAAUAAUGGCAGGUAUACAUUAUAAUGUGGGGACUAUAACUGAACUUUUGUAUCAUAGUAUUACAGGUGAAAUAAAGAUACCACAUACUGAGGUUAUUACUCCCUUAAAUCCACCUAAGAUGAAAACAAGACGUGAGAAGAUAGCAGAACAAAUUGUAGUUAUUUGUGAUAUGGCUAUUCUGAUUGAUUGCCUUUUUAUGAUUCCAUGUCUAUUAAUUUUUUUAUCGGAUUUUGUUGUACCAUUAACGAAAUUAGUCCAAACUGAACUUCCAUUAUUAGCUCAAAGAAAUCCUGGUUUGAAGGAUUCCAAAAUAGCUCAUAUAUUCUAUUAUAUAUUCAUGUUUAUCUCGAAUUUCUUUACUGAGCGUUACAGAUGUGUAAUCUUUUUCUGUAUUAUCGUCUUUUUCUUAUGUCUACCAAAUGAUUUUACAGCAGUAAGGUUUGCCUCAUUUUUAUCUGUAAUAUCUACAGUUUCAACUAGUUUAAUUAUUACAUAUCGUUAUUUGGGUUCAUCUCAGCCUCCUCAAUGUGAUGGAACUACUAUUCGUAAUAUAAAUCCACAUUAUUGUAGUAAAGGCGAUACUAAGCUUUUUAAUAUUGAUACUACAAGUGGUUUUUGGGGAUUAUGUAGUAUCUCAAACAUUGUUCUGUUCUCUUAUUUUUGUCAUUUGGUUCUUUUACCAAUUACAGAAAAUAUUAGAGAUUUUUCUUCUUUAAAAAUUAAGGGGAUUGUGGUUGUAUUCGCAUUUGUAAUAGCUAGUGUAAAUAGUACUGUUGGGAUGGCAGGAUAUGCGAUUUUCAAGGAAAAUACACUUCCAAAUGUUAUUAACAACUUUUUAUACAAUGAUCCCUUAGUUGUAUGUGCAAGGAUUUAUCUUACAUUAGCCUUAACAGUUACUAUAUGUAUGGAAACUUUACCUCUAUCUAACAGUGUUGCUUCUUUGAUUAUUAAAACAUAUAAAGUAAUUAGACGUAAAGUAAAUCAGAAUUUUGUUCAGACUAAUAUUGAAAUAGAAGAUAAAUUAAAAUUAGAUAGUACUAAUGUUUUGGGGAAGUCUCAUAGUCACGAGGAUGACCUGUUUUCUACUGCUGGAAUUUCAACAAAUGCUUCUACGAUUCAGUUAGGAAAUGUUAAGUCUCAUUUAAGUUGGCAACAACCAACAAAUAUAGAAGAUUCUAAUAUCGAUCAAUAUAAAGAUUGUUGCAAGUUAAAAAGGUUUUGUUGUAAUGUUCCAAGGAAAUUCUCUGCAAGGCACUACUUACAUGCGUUUAACUUGAUAAUGGUCCUCACUUUUGCUGGAAUUUUAGCAGUAUCAUUUAGUUCAGUUGCAAAGCUAAUACAAGUUACAGGGGGAACACUUGAUGGGAUAUUUGUUUUACUUAUUCCUGCAUGGGUUUACUAUUCGACAUUUUUUUACAAAAAUAAUAAGAUAUUUGGUGGUGUUCUAAUAGCUCUUUAUAUCUUCCACUUUUGCAUAGCAUCUAUUUCUGGUAUUAUGGCCCUGUUUAUAAAUCUAGAAGGUUAA